UUGAGGCUUACAGCGCAUGGCAGUAAAUGAAAAGCGAGCCCACAGACUUUCCACAAGUUUAGCAAUUCUACUUUGGAAUCUUGUCUGUUUCUGCUGCGAGAAAUUCAUCGAUAUGGGCGAUUCUUUCUUCUUAAAUUUUCAUCUUGGAUGAUACAACCAAAUUAAACAACUCCGGCAAUAUGUCUGGGACAGGGUUUCAAACGGAGAGCUUAAUACCGCCUCAAACGUACGAUACAGUGCAAGGUAAACGUCGCGACUCCCCUUUACUACAAGGACAAAACGAGACUAGUACUAACCGAUCUGGACCAAAUUCUCCGAUGAAUCAAGGCAAUAUUCAACCUCCAAUGAACAUGAAAGGCAUAUCACAAGGUGGAAUGCAGUCUCCUGGGUAUGCUGGGUUUCACAAUGGUCCUUCUAAUGGUUUGUCUGUUCAGCCAUCGUUACAGACUAACCCACAGUCAAGGGUGAUGAGUUCAAUUCAUUCUAGAUCAGCCAGUUCAACACCACCAUUGCAAUCAGCCUUGACAAACCAACCAGCUAGACCAGGGUCUGCCCCACCACCAUCCACUGGCCCUAGAUUAUCCAGUCCUAUCCAUCCAUCAACACAGGGCUAUGUAGGUCAUUCAUCACCACCAACUCCCAGUGGGCAUGUGUCACCAUCUAACCUAACUGCUACUGCAAAUCAAAGACCUGUUCAACAUGCUGGGCACCAUGCAUCACUUUCAGGACCUUCAAUUCAACCAGUUUCACCACAAAUCGGGCAGCCACCCAAUUCUUUGGCAACAGGAGUUAGUCCAAUGCAAAACAUUGGCACAAGCCUAAAUUCAGGACCGCCUCGUAUGGCAGGAACAACUCACUCUGUAAGGCCAUCACCAUGGCAAGCUUCGAUGGCAGGAAGACAACCUGGGGUGGUUUCACCAUCUGGCACCUCUGGUGGUUUAGGAGGACCACUCCAUCGUACUGCAGGACCACCCGUUCUUCCAACAGGACCACCAACAGGACCACCAACAAGUAUGGCAAGGCAAACUAGUUUGACUGGCCCACCAACAUCACAAACAGGUUUUACUGGGCCACCAACAAGUAUGGCAAGACCAACUAGUUUGACUGGCCCACCAACAUCACAAACAGGUUUUACAGGACCACCAACAAGGCAUCCAUCCAGUUUGCCUGCCACACCUACUGGUCAGAUGAUGGGGUCUACAGGUCAGCCAUUGAUGCCACCAAUAGUUCAACCCCCAUUAGCUGGUCAAGGACCGCCAACAUUGUCCAAUCAAACUGGUUCUAUAACUGCUUCAAAGAGAAGAGUUUAUCCAACUCAGUCCUACGGAAACACGUACCCAACCCAGGGGUUUCCUGGUACAUCAUCACCUGCCCCGUCUACUCCUACUGGACCUUAUGGUUCUCAAACGGCUCCCCAAUCACCAGGCGCAGUGCCUAAUAUGGUGGGUGCUAAUACAACGACGUAUGGAAGCAACCAAUAUGGAAGCAACCAAUAUGGAAGCAACCAAUAUGGAAGCACCCAGGGAAACCAACUUCAAACUCAAAUGGGAAAGUUAUCAGUUCAGCAAAGUGACUGUCAACCUGUGAAUAUCCUCGACGGACGCAAUAUGCUGCCACCACAGAAGGAUGAUAUGAAUUUAUCUCUACCACCGGAUUUGCAGAAGAAAAAUGCUAGACCAAGUAUCCUAAGCUGCACACUAAGUAGCGUUCCUGAGAACGAAUCACUUCUGAAAAAGUGCAAACUGCCAUUUGGAAUACUCGUCCAUCCUUUUAAAGACCUCUCGAAUCUCCCGGUGAUCCAGUCGAACACCAUAGUACGAUGUCGUUCUUGUAGAACAUAUAUUAAUCCUUUUGUGACGUUUACGGAGACAAGGCGAUGGAAAUGUAAUAUGUGUUACCGAGUCAACGAAGUUCCUGAAGAAUUUUGUUAUGAUCCAACAACAAAGUCCUAUGGAGAACCAACGAGAAGGCCUGAAAUAAAGUCAGCGACAUACGAAUUCAUAGCUCCUUCGGAGUAUAUGCUAAGGGCUCCUCAACCAGCUGCCUAUAUUUUCGCGUUCGAUGUGUCGUUCAAUGCUAUAGAAACAGGAUAUCUGAAAAUGGCCUGUAAAAUAAUAAAAGACAACCUGGAUAAAAUGCCUGGCGACUCAAGAACGCUGAUAGGAUUUUUGACAUUCAACAAAUCUGUUAAUUUUUAUAAUCUUAGAAAUGAUCAAAACCAACCCCAUAUGUUAAUAGUUUCAGAUAUAGACGAUAUUUUUCUACCCGCCCCGGAAGAUUUACUGGUUAACUUAAAGGAAAGCAAAGAGAUGAUCAUACAAUUCCUAGAUAGCUUACCAGAGACCUUCGUGUCAACUCGCGAUAUUCAUAGUGCGACUGGGGCUGCGAUGGAAGCAGCUUUAAAACUUAUGACACCCACAGGAGGGCGAAUAACAAUAUUUCAAACAACGUUACCUUCUGCUGGACCUGGUUCUUUAGAGAACCGUGAUGAACCGGGUGUUAAAUCAAGUCCUAAGGACGCCGCCAAGUUAAAUCCAGCUACGGACUUUUACAAGAAGUUGGCAUUAGACUGUGCGGCAGAUCAAGUGUCUGUGGACAUAUUUCAACUCUCCAGUCAAUACGGCGACUGUUCAUCUCUGAUGUGUGCUUCAAAGUACUCUGGAGGUUGUUUUUCAUAUUUUCCAAACUUCCACAUUUCCAAGAAUCGAGCUAUGGUUGAGAAGUUUCAGAGCGACCUCACUCGAUACUUAACGCGGAAGAUUGGAUUUGAAGCUGUUAUGCGAGUGAGGUGCACCAAAGGUCUCACCAUUCACACUUUUCACGGCAACUUCUUCGUCCGUUCAACCGACCUGCUUUCACUGCCAAAUGUUAAUCCAGAUUCAGCAUUUGGUAUGCAGAUAUCUAUAGAAGACAAUCUUUCUGAUUCCGGUCUCGCGUGUUUCCAGUCGGCGUUGUUGUAUACCAGUUCCAGAGGUGAACGGCGAAUCAGAGUGCACAACUUGGCCUUACCUAUCACUAAGAAAAUGAGUGAUGUCUACGCGGGUGCAAAUGCCAGUGCUAUUGCCUUGAUGCUAUCUAAGAUGGCUGUUGACAGAACGCUAACAGCCUCGCUUGGAGAUGCGAGAGAGGCUUUAUUGAACGCAGUUGUGGAUUGCCUCGGAGUGUACAAAUCAGUUGUAUCAGGUCGCACUGGUGAAAUGAUAGCGCCCAACUCCCUUAAAUAUUUGCCUCUUUAUAUACUAUCUUUACUGAAACAGACUUCAUUUCGACUUGGCUCUACGGCGAGUUUAGACAUGAGAUGUUACGAAAUGCAGCAGUUUAAAGUGAUGCCAUUUGAAGUUGCAUUGCUAUCAAUUUACCCAGCACUUUAUUCCCUACACGAUAUGACAGAUGAGGGUGCAAUCUCGACAAAAUCUGGUACUGUGCCACAACCAUCUCGACUUAUAUUAUCUGGGGAAAAGCUUUCGCGAGUCGGGAUAUUUCUGAUGGAUUGUGGACAGGAAUUUUAUAUCUGGGUUGGAAAGGAAGCUGCAAAUGCAGAUAUCCAAUGUCUCUUUGGAGUUGCGAAUUUUGAGUCAAUUCCGGAAGACAUGGGAACUCUGCCAAUUCUCGACAAUAGUUUAUCGAGCAGAGUAAGAGCGUUAAUUGACCACUUGCAAUCGGAGAGAACAAAUCAUGCAAAUUUGUACAUUCUAAGGGACAAUAGCAAACUACGAAUGAAGUUUAUAAAUAAAUUAAUGAAUGACAGAACAGAAUCCAUGAUGUCAUACCACGAAUUUCUCAUACACGUACAAGGACAAAUUAAUUGAAUGGAUCUAAUAAUGAACGCGGUUCUUAUCGAUUCCUAGUUCCACUGUCGAGCUGCUCAGUUGUGAGAAAGCAAACCCUGAACAGCAUUUUUCGACUCGGGACGUUAGCAAUUUCGACUUUCUGACUACAUUUAUUAGAAGGGAAAUUUUACCUUGCAAUGAAAUGAAAUGAGUUGGGAUUGAUCAUUGAUGGUGAUCAAGAUAACCCGCGUUAAAAUACUAUAAAUUUGUAUGGACGAAGAAUGACUGUAAUUAUAUCAGAUUAAAAUUAGCUUUAUCGCGUCAGUGGCGGACUCUAACUCUCUAAAGGCGAUUCUCCAUUACGUCCGCUCCGCCUGCGCGGGCGAAGCGCGCUUUGUUUUUCAAGCGGGUCACGGUCGCAUAGGCAGAUUUUCAAAAGCCGCUUCGUCCGCGCAGGUGAGGCGGGCGGUAAUGGAGAAUUGCCUUAAGAGGGCGGGGCAAGUUUACGCUGGUUUUCAUAUUGUGUUUGGUUCAGUUGACAGUGUAUGCUCACAAUAAACAUAACGUGAAGGUA